CAACUCUCUAGUGGAGUUAAUUAUGGAAUUAGGAUAUAGUUUUACAAGUAAUGUAGAAGAAUGUAAAGCAGCAUUAGCUGGCUUAAGUGCUAGGGAGAUAACUCCCACGUGUGCUGCUCGUGUACUGGCGCUUAUGGCUCGCACAUGGACGAACCUUGACGAUGCCGGAGGUCUGCAAUCAUUUUGGGGCAAUUCGGGAACCUCGCAGGAUUCCAAUAAGGAAAAAUCAUCGGACAGUACUCCUCCUACAACGUGGAACGUCGAAGUGUUUGUUCAAGCUUUAAAAGAACUUCAUUCUACAUUGUCUUGGAACGAAGUUAUUGUAAAAUUAGAUCACGCGGAGUUUACUAUUAAGGAUAGACAAGGUUUAAGCAUAUUAAUUACGGGCCUCAAAUUGGGUCUCCAGCAUCAGGGAUAUCCUCCUGACAUGUUUCCCGUCGAGCUCUUUUAUCGGCACUGGGAUAAUGUUGACGGUCAAUUUUCUCUAAUUCAACAAAUUCUCAAGCAUCCCGAUAUAUUUUGCUUCGCUGACUAUCCGUACCAUUCGGUGACCGUCGAUGUACUGAAGGCAGCUCCCGAAAGUGAUAGCAAGGAAGCGCAAACGUGGCGAUCGUUAAAUAUCGUUGAAUUGUUUCUGCACAUGGCCGAGAGAGGUUUAUACGCUCCCGUGCAGGAAAUAUUUAAGUGGCCAAUUCAACACUGUCCAGAUGUACUCGUAUUGGCGCUACUGCAGAUAAAUCAACCUAUUACACUGUUGAGACAAGAAAUAUUCAGCUCACUUCUGCCUAUCUUUCUCAACAAUCAUCCAAACUCUGCUGUGAUAUUGCAUCAUGCAUGGCAUACAAAUAACGUCAAAAUAAAGACGCUCAUUAUGCAUGCUAUGGCGGAGUGGUACAUAAGAGGAGAUUAUGAUCAAACGAGAUUGUCGCGUAUAUUGGAUGUAGCACAAGAUUUGAAAGCUCUUUCCGCUCUACUUAAUGCUCAGUCAUUUCCGUUCGUCAUCGAUCUGGCGUGUUUAGCGUCUCGACGAGAAUAUUUGAAACUAGAAAAGUGGCUGACAGACAAAAUCAGAGAUCAUGGCGAACUUUUUGUCGCGGCAUGCGUCAAGUUUCUGCAAAGACGUUGUCCGCAAGUUAUGGGUCCCGGUGUAAAAGAAGAUCUCACGGUUCCCAAGGCGAGUCAAUUACCUCAAGAAACGCUCACAACGAUGCUAGCCUGUUUGCAAGUUUGUGCCGGGACUGUUUCCCAAGAACUUGCUGAUGUAAUAAUGACUAUGGUGCAAACUUGUAGUCUAAUGUUAAGUAAAAGUACAAUGAACAGACCACCGCCACCAGGAGUUCUGAGGCAUCGAGCAUUAGAACCGUUCAACCCAGCGACCUUAGGAAGUCAGUUGUUCUCCUCGAAGCAAGUAGAUCCUCUUGGAAAUCUCAGUACAAGUCUCGCUUCCAUGGGCCUUAGUACGGGUCUUGGACCUCCGAGUAGUUCCGCGUUCAAUUUGCCUGGCGGAUUAGGACCUCUGGUGUCAGCGCCUGGGUCUCCGUCACGACUCAUGGGACCCUCACCAAGUCCGUUUCCAAUGUUACCGUUAUCGUCGCAGCUUCACUCCGGUCCGGUCAAUACUACGGGACCUUCUGUAAUUCCCGGUAGUACAAUUAGUGGAUUAGCCCGUCUUGGUGGACCACCAGCGGGUAUUGAGAAAACAAGAAUUCCGGAAACCUCGAAUUUACUCUCGGACAUGGGACAAAAUGUGUCUAAAGAAGUGGAGGAUGAAGCGAACGGUUACUUUCAACGUAUAUACAAUCAUCCGCCGCAUCCAACUUUGUCUAUUGACGAGGUUCUCGACAUGCUGAAGAAGUUUCAAGAUUCGUCCGCCAGAAGGGAAAGAGAAGUGUUUAAUUGUAUGCUACGCAAUUUAUUUGAAGAAUAUAGAUUUUUUCCACAAUAUCCCGAGAAGGAGUUGCAGAUAACGGCGCAAUUGUUUGGUGGGAUUAUUGAAAGAGGUCUUGUUAAUAGUUACAUGACUCUCGGUUUGGCAUUAAGAUUUGUCCUCGACGCACUUAAAAAACAAGAAGGCAGUAAGAUGUACUAUUUCGGUAUAACGGCCCUGGAUCGGUUUAAAAGCCGUUUGAAGGAUUAUCAAACUUACUGCGAACACGUUAGAACAAUACCGCAUUUCAACGAAUUCCCACCACACUUGAUAGAAUACAUCGAAUACGGACUGCAAGGCCAGGAACCACCGUCGAGGCCACAGGGCUCGGUACUGCCCAAGACUUUAGCGGCCAUGUUGGCACCCCCAAUCACGACUCCGUACAAGACCAUAACCACGACCACCAUCACAACUACCACCACGCAGGCAAAAUCGUCUACCACGACUCCCACUACGUCCAUCUCGGCUAGACCUUCUAUGCCUUCGGUCGCUAACGCAACCAACAUCGAUACAUUGCUCGUUGCAACUGACAAAGAAGAAAAGAUCACGACGCCACCGGAAGCUCUGCAAGACAAGACAGCCUUUAUCUUUAACAAUCUCAGCCAAUUAAAUCUACAACAGAAAUGCGACGAGAUUCGCGAAAUUGUCACAGAAGAAUAUUGGCCGUGGAUGGCGCAGUAUCUAGUAAUGAAACGUGCCAGUAUAGAAUUGAACUUUCACGCGCUGUACUCGAAUUUUUUAGACUGCAUAAAACUGCCUGAUGUCAAUAAAAUGGUCACGAGAGAGACCUUUCGAAAUAUUAAAGUUCUCUUACGAAGUGACAAGGGGAUAGCCAAUUUCUCUGAUCGGUCGUUGUUAAAAAAUUUAGGACAUUGGCUCGGAAUGUUGACGCUCGGCAGGAAUAAGCCUAUUUUACAGAUAGACAUAGAUCUAAAAAGUUUACUCGUUGAAGCGUAUCACAAAGGGCAGCAAGAAUUGCUGUACGUAGUACCUUUUGUAGCAAAAGUGCUCGAAAGUUGCGCAAAAAGUCGCGUAUUUCGCCCACCUAAUCCAUGGACCAUGGCCAUUAUGAAUGUUCUAGCUGAGUUGCAUCAAGAACCAGAUUUAAAAUUAAAUUUGAAGUUUGAGAUAGAAGUACUGUGCAAAAAUUUAAGUAUUGAUGUUGGGGAACUAAAACCAAUCAUUUAUCUGAAAGAUCCCGAAAAAUUGCGCAAUCUGGAAUAUCAAUUGUCGCACCCGAACAAGAAAUCGGAGACAACCAAUAAUCAACAGCCACCUCAGCAAGGGCCUAUAGAGGAAUUGGUUGGAUCGACGACAACCGGCGCUAUCAAUCCUCAAUCCGCGCCUCCCGUGAACACAACACCCUCGUUGCCGACUGGUCCGCCCGAACCUCGAUUCAAUUAUAUGGAUAUAUCAGUAACAGGAAUCGCUAAUAUAUCCCAACAUAUUACCAUCAACAAUCAAUUACCACUAUUUCAAACCCAUCCUCAUUUGAAGCAGUUUGUUCGUCCUGCGGUUGAAAGAGCAAUUCAGGAAUGGAUUCAUCCUGUUGUUGAUAGAUCUAUAAAGAUCGCUCUUACAACUAGCGAACAGAUAGUGAGAAAAGAUUUUGCAUUGGAUCCGGACGAGAUGAGGAUGCGAACAGCGGCUCGUCAUAUGGCGCGCAAUCUGACGGCUGGUAUGGCUAUGAUCACCUGUCGCGAUCAGAUCCUUGCAUCAAUCAGUACGAAUUUGAAACAAGCUUUUCUUUCGGCCUUAAUUACCACGACUACCCAACAGAAGGAGGUUGCCGAGCAAGCGGCGAAUGUAGUCGCGGCCGAUAACAUGGAACUCGCGUGUGCAUUCGUACAAAAGACUGCCAUUGAGAAGGCGAUACCCGAAAUGGACAAACGCUUACUGAACGAGAUAGAAUUACGUAAAAUAGCUCGACAAGAAGGACGAAGAUAUUGCGAUCCUAUUAUCAAGUAUCAAGCUGAAAGAAUGCCAGAGCAGAUUAGGCUGAAGGUCGGAGGUGUAACGCCCCAACAAAUGGCGGUUUAUGAAGAAUUUUCUAGAAAUAUUCCAGGAUUCCAACCGCUUUCCGAGAGGGAUACACAAGCGCUCUUUAUGCCUAAACCUAUUUCUGAAACUCCCGUUACCGCGUUUACGCCCAACUCAGCCGUGACCGUCGCGGCGGCACAGCAGGUGGUGGCUUACGCAGCGGCAGCGGUUAGCAACGACGAAGUAGGUACUAUGCUGGAGAAGCUUGCUGGUGAAGUGGAACUGCUAUUAGCUGCUAUGGGACCGGCCGCACCGCCUCAGCAAAUUACUGCUCUUCACAGUCUUUUGGAAUCGAUUAUUCUCACGAGAAGAUCAAGAGACACUGGCGCUGCUAUGACAUUGUUAAAAAAGGCUGUCGAGGGUCUUCUAGAUGGACCUCUCAUUUCCAGCAGCGUCAUCGAAUCGGAGAAUCUCAUACAGCGCUACAGAGAAGUGCAUCUACGUAUUUUGAAAUGUCUUCAAGAUCCGCGCGUAUACGGUAUGCAAUGGACCAAUAAGCACGUGACUCGUUGUCUAACCGAAUGCAGAGAAGAAUAUCGCUACAACUUCGAAGCCGUGGAUUAUCUCAUAAGGUCUCAUUUGAUAAGUUUGCCGCAGUAUGAUGCGGCUUUAGCGCAGGCUAUAGAAACAGGAAGCGCUAUGGCAACGGCAUUCGCUAUGCAAUUAGUUCAGCUGUAUCUAAUUGAUGAGAGACAGGCGACUCAUGUUACCGAAACCGACUUGUUUCAUACUAUUGAAACGUUAGCUCGAAUGGCUCAUCACAGAACACCACCAGAAGGAAUUCUACUCUUCAGAUUGACAAAUUUAGUAGAUUCGCUGCGCGCAAACCACGAUACCACUGGCAUACUGGUAGACAGAGCUCCAGCGGGACCGACAGCGCACAUUCACUCCGGGAUCCUGCAGGUGAGAGCUCGCGAUUUUGACGAUCCACCUGGAUUAAUGGAAAAGACGGAAUAUCUGUUGCGCGAAUGGGUCCAGAUGCAUCACAAUCCGCAGCAUGCUCGUGAUCCCACUAAAGCAUUCGGCGCGUUUGUGCACCAAAUGAACAUUCACGGAAUCUUAAAGACAGACGAUCUCAUCACAAGAUUCUUCAAGUUGAGUACACAAAUGUGCGUGGAUCUUUGUUAUCGUGCGCUCUCGGACACCACGUCAGCUCCGACUAUUUUGCGUGCGAAGUGUUUCCACUCCUUGGACGCGUUUGUUCGUCUGGUUUCGCUCUUGGUGAAACAUUCGGGCGACGCCACCAACACGCACACCAAGAUCAAUCUACUUAACAAGGUUCUCGGCAUCGUAGCCGGCGUGUUGCUGCAAGAUCAUGAAAUACGCGGCACCGAUUUCCAACAAUUACCGUACCACAGAAUUUUCAUUAUGCUGUUCUUGGAGUUGUGCGCACCCGAACCUGUGUUGGAAGCCGUGAACUUCCAAGUGUUGACGGCCUUUUGUCACACCCUGCACAUACUGCGCCCAGCGAAGGCAUCUGGUUUCUGUUACGCCUGGCUAGAACUGGUCUCACACCGUGUCUUCAUUGGACGUAUGUUGGCCAUCACGCCGCAGCAAAAGUGUUGGGGGAUGUACGCGCAACUCUUGAUCGAUCUGUUCAAGUAUCUCGCGCCCUAUCUACGUAACGCGGAACUCGCCAAACCUGUGACAAGUCUGUACAAAGGAACGCUACGAGUGUUGUUGGUACUGUUACACGACUUCCCUGAAUUUCUCUGUGAUUAUCAUUACGGGUUUUGUGACGUGAUACCACCCAAUUGUAUACAAAUGAGAAAUCUGAUUCUCAGCGCGUUUCCGAGAAACAUGCGUCUACCCGAUCCUUUCACGCCAAAUCUCAAGGUUGACUUGUUGCAGGAGAUAUCACUCGCACCGCGAGUUCUUUCUAAUUUCGCGUCCACAAUACAACCAUUGACCUUCAAGAAAGAACUCGAUUCCUAUUUGAAGGCCCGUGCGCCCGUCACUUUUCUGUCUGAAUUGCGCAGCAACUUGCAAGUGUCGCAGGAAGCUGGCGCGCGUUACAACAUUCAGCUGAUGAACGCUUUAGUGCUUUAUGUCGGAACACAGGCUAUAGGAUUUAUCCGCAACAAAGGCCUUACUCCCAACAUGUCCACUAUAGCACAUUCCGCUCACAUGGACAUAUUCCAGAAUCUAGCCGUCGAUCUGGACACCGAGGGGCGAUACUUGUUCCUUAAUGCUAUAGCGAAUCAAUUGCGAUACCCAAACAGUCACACGCAUUAUUUCAGUUGCGCACUUCUCUAUCUGUUCGCCGAGGCAAACACGGAGGCGAUACAAGAACAGAUCACCAGAGUCCUUCUCGAAAGGUUGAUCGUUAACAGACCGCAUCCGUGGGGUCUUCUCAUCACCUUUAUCGAAUUGAUCAAGAAUCCUACGUACAAGUUCUGGUCACACGAAUUCGUACAUUGCGCACCAGAAAUCGAAAAGUUGUUUGAAUCUGUUGCUCGAUCUUGUAUGGUGCAAAAACAAGUACCUACAACGGAGACGGAGAUUCCAGAGUGAUAGAGUGUUUUUCAACGUAUUGCUAUGUGUACAAUAAACAGACAAAAAAAAACAAAAAAAAAAAAACAAAAAGACAGAAAGUUAAUGAAUGAAUAGACGUCGCGUGUAAAAAGUCUGCGAAGUAGUAGGAAUUAACAUACACAUGUACUAAUAAUGGACUUGAUCUUUCGUGAUAAGUAGAUGUGUGUCCUACGAUUCUACGUAAGUGUGUUAAUCCACAUAGUGUAAGUAAGACAAUUUAUUACGGUAAUAUUUUAAUAUAAAACGAAAAGGGACGUAUA